AGACUCAUCGCUGAUGGGAAAACACUCCGCAAUUACCCCCAGCAUCUCAUAUCGCCUUUGUGGUCCAUAUGCUGUAUUUAUUUGCACAUAUUUGUGUAAUAUGCCAAAGACGACGCAGUGCUUCGCAAACCUCUCCUUUUCAGUAUACAGGCAAAGCGCCCCGGGGUGCAACAUCAGUUGUGAUGAGGCGUUUGGAUGCGCGACAUGGAAGUCGUGUGCGCACAUGGGCAGCAUUCCACAUCCUCUGUUAUUGAGUGUACGGUAUGCGCAUGUAUGUAACUACAGUCGUGACUGGCGGCAAGGAAUGUGAUGAGCCCUCUUGAGGGGAUGACAGACGUGUUGAUGAGCAGCACCCGUCAUGGCUUUGCGAUGGCAGCCAUUGCUUAGUUGAUGUUUUUACUUUGGAUUUCACAAGCACAAACAUGUCUGGUAAAUCUUCAGGCACAAUGACCGCUUGCGCCGACGAGCGUCGGAACACGGUUUGAUAUUGUUGUUUGUGUUUGUCAUUGAAUCACAACAGUUUGAAUUCACAGGAAGUGACACUGCUUCGCUGCUUGAGAUGUGAAGCUUUUCGUGAGCAGAAGGAAUUGUCUGACCUCCUUCCAAAUCAUUUCUGUUCUGCGGUGCAAAUUGGAUAGACCACAGUCUAACAAAUUUCUUUACACUAAAAGUUUAGCCAAUCUUCAUCAUUUUAACACACAUGCACAGCUCUCGCGCGCGUAGGGCAGGUCCCAGCACCAAUGAUUCGUCACAGGCUGGCCAUUUCCUGUGGUCGAUCAUGAGCUGGUCCCUCCCACGUACACGAGGACAGUACAUUCUAAUUUUUCAUUUAUCUUCUAGAAGCAAGUUGCAUUUAUUUACCACUUGAUUUGCAAAUUUUAACUUUAGUGUACACACACAAUUUGAUCUCUGGUCAUUUGUCAUUGGGCAUACAAACAGCAUUGUCAUACUUCUUGCAUGGACAGGAGCUCUAAUAAUCCAAAAAAUGUUCCAAUAAUCUGACAAUGACAUGUUUUGCUGUCAUAUGGGCAUCUAUUCUUUCUUUCUCUGUAUUAGCAUGAGGGGUCAAAGGAGAGGAAGCUUGUCAUGCUGUAAAUGUGAUUUUUCCUCUGCCUCUUCCUCUGCCCCUUGACUGGCACCGUUUUUUUUCUAAAACACUCUAUUGACCAGUGUCCACGUUUCCCACAGUUCCAACAGUUGUCAGAAUCUGAUGGGGGUUUUGAAUUAUAUGGUGGCCUUCGGCCUUGUUGGUCUCUCUCUCUUCCUCUCCCUUUGGGAACUUUGGAAGAAGAUCGGUGUAUCUUCAUUUAGAUCAUUAUCAUCAUCUAGAUGAAAUACAUCAGAACAUUUGCCUUUUUGGAUAACUUUUUCAGCAUGCCUGUCCCACUGCAUAGUUGUUGUAUACAAGUUUUGCACACGAGCGGAAUGCCUCUCUUGCUCUUCUGCUUGAGCUGCGGCUGGAGCCGUGGCCGGGACAGUGCGCCUGCGCACUGUGGCCUCAUUGUCUUCCGGCCUGACAAACAUAGUCGCAGCACUUUUCAACUUUCUGUCUUUUGGAUUUAUUCUCUUCUCUCUUGUGAAGCUUUCAACCACAGUCUAGCACAAUUCAACUCUCUCUCUUUUCUUUUUCCACUUCAGCAUGUAUUACAUACAAUCAAGAAAUCUACUCGCCAUGAACUCAUCUCCUUCAAGAGCUAGAGAUUUAUCGUUCCUUUUUCUCAUCUUAAUUUUAAUUUCUCCAGUGUUUUUUUUCAAUCUCUUUUUAUUUUCUUUGAGGAUCCUCAAUGCAGGUUUAAAUUGACCUUCUAACAAAUUACUAGCCUGUGUUAUUGCCGUCGAUCAAUGCUAGAACUGCUUUUUAGUCAAUUUAUCCUACCAGUCACACAUUCAACCACACAAAUUUCUUAUCCCUGCCUACGCCAAGUCCUCUUUUAAAAAUAAAAGAGCUGCUUCAUCCGGAUGGGGGACUCUACAACAUCCCUUCCUUCCCUGGGAACUGAAGACAACUGUCCAGUUACCCAGCCCUGCCAACGCGAAGUUGUCCCCUUAGAACAGUGGUUGUCAAAUGAGGGUACACGGAGGUACGUGAGAUUUUACAAAAAUAUAUAAAACAGUUUGAAAACCACUGCUCCAGAAGAGCCACUUCAUCCGGAGGGGGACUCUACAACACCCCCUCCUUCCACAAGACUUCUUAUCUUCUGUCUUGCCUAUUUUUAUUCCUGUGCACUUUUACGCGUUUCACAGCUCGAACAAAUCAAAGCCGUAUCUCAUAGCUCGGACAAACCAAAGCCGUACCUCAUAGCUCGGACAAACCAAAGCCGUACAUCAUAGCUCGGACAAACCAAAGCCGUAUCAGCGGUUUUUUAAAAUUUAUUUUUUAUUUUUAUUUUUUAACUUACGUGUCUCCUGGUUCGUUGCAUUGCCGGGUCCCGUCAAACCACCUCUGUCAGACGAAGGCAGACCUAAGAUGCUGGCCCAGUGAAGAAGUUCUCUUCCCAGGACUUUCUUUUCCAGGUCCUCCUAAUGGACGCUGGCUUGUCGACAAUGCAGCACGUCUUCCUCCGUCAGCCAGAUGGCGGGUAUGAGGGUCCCGGGUUUCGGCACCAAAAUGUUAGAGUGGUGCUCACUCUAACUUAUUUUGCAAGAACCACACGGAGACAAGUUAGUCGUUUUGGGCACCUGCAGGCGGAGAGUUCACUCGUCGCUGUGUUUACAGCGAUGGUCGAAUGAAGUCUGACUCUCGCUUCCCACAAGAGCAUCUUUAUUAAGAGAAAAAGGGUGGUGGUGAUAGUAGACUGAAUAGACAAGUUAAAAAGCCCUUGACCUCUAGAUUAGCAGAGCAGUGGAUGUUUUACGACAUUGUGUAGGAUGGAACAAGCUAGGUUAUUUAUUACUGGUUACAUACCUUCCAACAUAAUCAUAGAUCAAGAUAGUUUGGAAAACCCUGACAAAGAUAAUGCACUUUGUAAGUAACUGUCAAAAGAAAAUUAAAAGCACAAUAUAACCACCAAGAGAGCCUGUUUCUGUUUUAAGAUAGCAGUUGAUUUUUUUUAAUGACACCCCAAAUGUCAAAUAUAUGUUGUCCUUUGCAUAAAACCGAGUGCUGUGUUACAAUCUGUUUGUGGUCCAUAGUGAGUGCACCUCAGUGAUGCUGCAAGGCGUGGAGCCUCGUGUGAUUCUGGCAGGAGGAGGAGGAGGGAGGGCGCUGUAAAAGAGUUGUCUCUCUCUCCCGCCCGUUUCAUCCAUCCAGGUCAUACUCCGCUGCAGUGACUCGGCACACAGCUUGCAUUUUUGUAGCCAGUACUUGGUUUUUUUUCUGGACGCUGGGGGGGUGGGAUACAGACUCAAUCUCCUGAGGCAAGCCGGCAGACAAGCACCGUUGCUCGGCCAUGGGAGCAGAAAGCUCAGCCCAGCGGGACGUUGCCCGGAACAGAGAGGAGGAGGAUGCUUCAAUCUCGGUCGAGGGAGGCGCCAUGCUCGAUAACAAGUCCCUGCACAAGAAUGGACAAAUCUCCAGCCUGACCAGUCUGAUUGGACACUCGGAGGACAACACACUGGCAGAAGUUGGCCAGCCAGAUGGUGUGUCUGUGGCUCAGAAGGAGGACACCUCAGAGACCAUGGACACCAUCGCGGACGAGCAGUCUUCUCAGGUGAACGGUGAGAAAACAGAGAAGGAGUCUCCUGACAACAUCACUCCCGUUGAGGAGAAGGCAGCGGAGGAGAAGCCCAACGAGACAGGCGAAGUAGGCUUCAAGAAGAUCUUCCGCUUCGUGGGCUUUAAGUUCACCCUGAAGAAGGAUAAGAGCGAGGAGAAAGAGCCCGUGAAGCUGCUGACGGUGAAGGACAAGGACGGAGAUGCGGUCAACGGAAUCGAUGAGGCAGGAGAGAACGGGAUCACGGAAAAGGCAAUCAACACUGAGGCUGAGCUCACUGAAGAUGCUAAAAAUGUUGAAAGCCCAGACGAUCCUGGUGAUGUCAUCGAGACCUCAGAUGAAGCCGACAAGGAUGAAGGCGCCGAGAAAGAGGACGAGGCCAGUCCGCCGCCCCAAGAGGCUGCCUUGUCCCCCUUCAGGAAGCUGUUCAGUACCAACCUCUUCUCAAAUCUGCGAAAGAGGUCCAGCAUCAAGAGGACCAAAGAGGAGGAAGGCAAGGAGGUAGCUGGUGAGGAUGAAGCUGCUAAGCUAGAAGAAGGAGAAGAAAGCAAGGAGGACGGAGCGACCACUCAAGAGAAAGAACAAGCCGAAGAGGAAGCCCCAGCAUCACCCGACAAAAUGAAACCCGAACCGAGCUCGGAGAUUGACGUCACCGUCGAUAGCCCUACGUCUGAUGAGACGAAGCCAGAAGAGGAAAAAGCAGAAGAAAAGAAAGCUGCAGCAGAGGUGACGUCUGAUUCCGAACUUACGGCUUCGCAAGAGAAGGCAAAACCCCAAGGAAGCCCUCUAAAGAAGCUUUUCACCGGUGCUGGCUUGAAGAAACUCUCCACUAAGAGCAAGAAGAACAAGAAAGAUACUGAGGUGAAACUGACAGAGUCUGGGGAGCAAGCAGGAGAACUUCAGUCUUCUGUGGAAUCCACAGAAGCGGCAAAAGCUGACAGUGGGCCCUCAUCUCCAGAGAAAUCCGGAGAACAUGUUGCUGAAGCUGAGGCGGCGCAGUCCGACUACACACAGGAACCCGAAGGUGAAGUCGUCUCUGAUGGAGAGAAGAAGAAGGAGGGAAUCGUGGCCUGGUCUUCCUUCAAGAAACUCGUGACACCCAAGAAGCGUGUGAAACGAUCUUCUGAGAGCGACGAUGAGAUCCCAAGUGAGAAAGCGGCAAAGUCAGCGACCUUGUCGUCUUCUGAAAGUGCUCCGUUGGCAAAUGAAAGUGCGGAGGAGGAAGCCAAAGAGGACAAACCUUCCGAGGAUGAGAGCAAAGCUGAAAAUACUGACGAGAAGCUUGUGAGCAGCACAGAGGAACCCAAAAAGAAGAUGGACACGUCAGUCUCCUGGGAAGCUCUGAUGUGUAUGGGAGGACCCAAAAAGAGGACCAGGAAGACUUCUGAUUCGGACGAUGAGGAAACCAAGAUUGAAGAGGAGAGUCACGUGACCGCCGGAGAACAGGACAAGCAGGAGGACAAGACCGAAGCAGCUGCUGCAAACUUUCAAAGUGACGAAGAAGGCGCUUCCUCCCCAGAACCUCUGAGUAGCCCACCUGAGAGGGAGUCGACCUGGGAUACGCUGAAACGCAUGGUCAUGCCAAAAAGUAAGUCCAAAACUGAAGAGAAGACAGAAGAACAAGUUCAGCCAGAAAGCGAAGCACCAAAGGAGGAGUCGUCAUUCUCUCUGAAGAAGUUCUUCCCUGGUCUCAGAAAGAAGAAAACUGAAAAACAAGCGUCCACCGAGAGCGAGGAGGACUCCGACACCCCGGCUGUCGUUCCUCUCUCUGAGUAUGACGCACAGCAGGAGGUCAUCCAGGAACAAGCAGAAGAAACCGCGGCUCCGGCUCAAACGUCCUUGGAUGAAAGAUCUCCAUCUUGGAUCGCGGCCGUGGUGGAGUGCGGCGAUGACAAGCACGACGAGCUGAGCGACAUCACCGAAGAAGCAGAGAACAUCGCCACGCCCAAGUCCGUUGACACUGGCAAUUUGGAGGAUGACGCCGAGGAGCACGUCGGACGGAGGUUGUCGGUAGCUGAAGUUGCUCAAACUCCUCCUUCAGAAACCACCAGCGGUGAGCCCGACAGACCCCGGGAUAAAAACGCUCAGCAGUUUGUGGCAGCCAUUAAGGCCCAAAUAAGUGAAGUUCCACCCAUGACAUCUGUGAUCUGCGAGGACGCAUCAGUUGAGAUUUCCUCUGAAGAAUCCGAACCAGCUUUGGAGCAAGCUGAUUCCAAAUCUCUCCGUCUGUUUGCCCCCCAUACCCAAACUGAGACCACAGCCAUCUGCAUUGGGGUGGAAACCAAGAAGAUUGACGAAGUCACUCUGGAGGAACCUGCGACUGAGAUCAGAGAGGGCCUUCCCGUCAUCACCGACGCCCACAGCACCGAGGUCUUAGAAGAAGAGGAGGCGGUAAAAAUGGAGGAGGCCGUUGUCACGGAAGAAGCCCUGCUGAGCGCCCAAGUUCAAGUGAGAACCGUCGAGGUCGAGCUGGCCCAAAGCUCACCGAGCGACGCAUUGGAGGUUCAAACCGCAGAGGAGAGCUGCGAACACGCGUUGACGACGGUCGCCGUCGUCAACUCUUUGCUGGAGCCACAAGUUGCGGAGGCCAUCGCGAAUAUGGCCGACGACGCUCCGAUCGUUGCCAUUACACCAACGUUGGAAAUCGCCGCGUCUCUGCAAAACGGAGACGUCACCGAGCCGAGCGUGCAGAUCAAGGAAGGAGAACUCCCCUGUGAAACGGUCGCCUCGAGUGAGCAGGUUUGCGUCAUCUCCGAAUCCGUCGUCCUGGUCAGCCCGGCCCUUGCGAACCAAGUGUCAACCUCCGACGUGUUUGAGCCAGAAGAUGUCACAGAAACCAACAGCGACAAAGAGAUCUCCAGUCAAAUUGAAGCCCAGAGCUUGGUCAUCGCCCAGUCCGUCAUUCAGGAUGCUGUGGAGAAAGUUUCAGAACAGCCCAAGACCCCAGAGUCCUCCACAACACCAGUCCAGGCAGUGAUAACCACAGAAAAGGAGAUCUUGACGGAGGUGCCGGUUAUCACUGACACCCCUACCCCCAUCAUCAAAGACGAACCGGCAGAGAAACCUCUUUUCGUCGCCACGGAAUGCGAAACAGUUCCCGUUGAGGUGGCGGCGAUCCUCAACGGUUCUGCAGUGGAGAACGGAGGAUUUGAGAAAGGCUUGAAGAAAGCUGUGGAGAUCAUUGCAAGUGAGGAAUUUGAGGAAAAAGUGGUGGAGAUCAUUGGCGAGAGUCAGAAGAAACUGGAAGCUGUGAAGGAAGAGAUGGAAGAAGACAAACCGCAAUCGGAGAAGGAGACCCGCAUGCCGGUCCAGGUGGUCCUGCAGACCGCGCAGGUGGUUGAGGAGGAGUCUAUCAAAGAGGAGUUGGUGGUGGAAUUCGGCAGCAACAGCACUGUGGACGGCAGAGGAGACCGGGUGGCGAGCGAGCAGUCGGAAAGUCUCCCGGCGUCGUCAAAGUGCGCCGAGGUGAUGGCGCAGGUGAUGGAGGUCAUUGAAGAGGCGGUGAAGGAGAUCCAGCCCGCGUCCACAGAGAUUACACCGGUGUCGUGAACAGGAUGAUGCUUGGUUAGGACUACCCACUGACACGUUGGGCCCCUUCCUGCCCCGACUGGGUCGCCAAGCUUCCUGUCCAACGCCCAUACAACCGCCCACAACCCUGCAUCCAGCCAUGGACGAAUGUUUACCUGUGUGUGCGUGCGUGCGCAUGUUUGUGUCUGAUGUAUAGACCUCAAGACAAAAUCAAAAGGUAAACAUAUUGUAUAUUGUAUUUAUAUCACGUGUAUUCUUCCAAUCAUCCUUUAUUUUUUCAUGUUGAGCCCUGUUUUUUCAGUUUUAUUUCCUUCAUCACACGUAAAAAAUAUUUUUAAGAAUGCCAGAAGAAACAAGUUAUUACUAAAGCUAACUGUUUCAUACAGCAAGACGUAUUAUUGUUAUUCAAAUAUUUUGUAGCUGCCAUGGUACAAACUGUGAUUUCUAUUGUCAGUAAAAUAAAAUUGGAGUAAAUUUCCUCAUAUUCCACAGAUCUACAUAAAACAUUCGGUGCCUAUUUUACUGUGAAAUAACCUUUUCACUUAUCUGUCUUAACAUAAGUGGUAGGAAACGAGUUGGAGGGUUAAAGGUGCAUUAAGUUAUGAAGGCAAGCUGCUUUGGACCACGAAUCACAAGAGUCUGGAGGUUGCUUAAUAAAAAAUGUUUCCCAAUACAUUUGGUUCAGUUGUAUCAAUGACUGACACCAGCAAGGUUUAUGACCAAAUGAGAAAAAAAUAAUCAAUUUUUGCUUCUUUGUACAUAAACAUUUUCUCCAAAACUCCUUUUUGCCCUCUCAGUCACUUUUGUCUUCACAGUGAGCCUGUUAACAUUUGAACAGAGGAUAUGUAUACGCGACUUGUAUAAACUGACAAAGCCUCUUGUUAUAACAACUAAUAUACUUCAUUCUCCCUAAUAUUAACAUAAGCAUGGUUUUAACUGUCUUUUUUUUUGGUAUUUUCCAAGUUGUUAAUAGUAAGGAUACACAAACGUGUCUAUAUUUCAUUCAAUAAAGUUUAGAUGGUGGAGGUGAA